AUGGCUGUCGCGACGGAAAUUGACGGAGUGCAAAUCCCCAACUCCGGAAAGAUCCCAAUGGUCCCACGACUUUUCUGUGCGGCCAUCCGUUCUCCUCUCUCUCGAUCUCUUCCACUUCGUCUCCCACGCACGACCUUCCUCUCCCCACGCUCGCAGUCCACCAUGGCCGACAUCGAAGCCGCAAAGCGCGCCGCCGCAACCACCGCCGUCGCCAACCACUACCCCAAGAAUGCGCAGUGGGUGGGCAUUGGCAGCGGUACCACCAUUGUCUAUGUCGUCGAGGCUAUCAAGGCCCUCGGUGUCGAUACCUCGGCCACUCGCUAUGUUCCCACAGGCUACCAGUCCCGUCAGCUGAUCGUCAGCGCUGGUUUGACGGCUGUCGAGUUCGAUGCCAUUCCGAAAGGAACCGUCCUGGACGUCGCCUUUGACGGCGCGGACGAGGUCGAUGAUGAGCUAAACUGCAUCAAGGGCGGCGGUGCCUGUCUGUUCCAGGAGAAGCUGGUGGCCAUGCAAGCGAAGGAGUUCAUUUGCGUCGCCGACUCCCGUAAGCUUCAGUCUCGUCUUCUCACUAACUGGAAGUACAUUCCUGUCGAGGUCGCCCCCAUUGCCGCCUACCGCGUGCUCAACAAACUGGUCGAGCUCGGCUCCAUCAACCCCGUCAUCCGCUCCAACGCCAACCCCAAGGAAGGAAACCUGAAGACUGACCAGGACUUCUUCAUCAUCGAUGCGCCCUUCCCGCCCAUGCUGAUUCAAGCCGACAUCGCUGGCGGCUUGGACGGAUCUGGCGUCGGCGGCGUCUGGGACGUGAACCGUCUGUCGCGCGAGAUUAAGCAGAUUGCUGGUGUGUUGGAGGUCGGCAUUUUCUCCGGCUUGACUGGCCCCCAGGCUGCGGCGGCCGGUGGUAUUGGUGGCCAGCGCCCCGUUGCGGCGUACUUUGGUAUGCCCGAUGGCUCUGUGUCGGUGCGCAAUGCCAUCCAAUAG